AUGACGGAGAGCGAUACAACACACCAGUCAGUUCACACUAGGGAGAUGCCAUUCAUCUGCUCAGACUGUGGGAAGGGAUUUCCUCAGUCCUCUCAACUGAAGGUACAUCAGCGAGUUCACACUGGGGAGAGGCCGUUCACUUGCUCUGAAUGUGGGAAGGGAUUCACUCAGUCAUCCCACCUACAGACACACCAGCGAGUUCACACAGGGGAGAGGCCGUUCACCUGUUCUGUGUGUGGGAAAAGAUUCACUCAGUUAUGCCAUCUACAGACACAUCAGUCAGUUCAUACUGGGGAGAAACCAUUCACAUGCUCAGAAUGUGGGAAAGGAUUCACUCAAUCAUCUCAACUGAAACUACAUCAGCGAGUUCAUACUGGGGAGAGGCCGUUCACCUGUUCAGACUGUGGGAAGGGGUUCACUCAGUCAUCCCACCUACAAAUACAUCAGCGAGUUCACACUGGAGAGAGGCCAUUUACUUGUUCAGAAUGUGGGAAGGGAUUCACUCAGCUAUGCAAUCUCCAUGCACACCAGUUAGUUCAUACUGGGGAGAAACCAUUCACCUGCUCAGACUGUGGGAAGGGAUUUACUCAAUCAUCUCUACUACUGGCACACCAGUCAAUUCACACUGGGGAAAGUCCAUUCACCUGCUCUGAAUGUGGGAAGGGAUUCACUCAGUCAUCUCACCUACAAACGCACCAGCGAGUUCACACAGGAGAGAGGCCUUUUAGCUGUUCCGUGUGUGGAAAGAAAUUCACUCAAUUAUGCAACCUGCAGACACACCAGUCAGUCCACUCGAGAGAUAUGCCGUUUAUCUGCUCAGACUGUGGGAAGGGAUUUCCUCGGUCAUUUCAACUGAAGGUACAUCAGCGAGUUCAUACUGGGGAGAGGCCUUUCAUCUGCUCUGAAUGUGGGAAGGGAUUCACUCAGUCAAUUCAACUGAAGGAACAUCAGAGAGUUCACACAGGAGAGAUGCCAUUCACCUGCUCAGACUGUGGGAAGAGAUUCACUCGGUCAUCCCACCUGCAGGCACACCAGCGAGUUCACACUGGGGAGAGACCGUUCACAUGUUCAGUGUGUGGGAAAGGAUUCACUCAGUCAUCUCAACUGAAUGAACAUCAGCGAGUUCACACAGGAGAGAGGCCGUUCACCUGCUCUGAAUGUGGAAAGGGAUUUACUCGGUCAUCCCACCUGCAGACACACCAGCGAGUUCACACUGGGGAGAGGCCAUUCACGUGUCCAGUGUGUGGGAAGGGAUUCACUCACUCAUCCAACCUACAGACACACCAGUUUGUUCACACUAGGGAGAGGCCAUUCAUCUGCUCAGACUGUGGGAAGGGAUUUCCUCGGUCAUCUCAACUGAAGGUACAUCAGCGAGUUCAUACUGGGGAGAGACCGUUCACCUGCUCUGACUGUGGAAAAGGAUUCACUCAGUCAUCUCACCUAUUGGCACACCAGUCAGUUCACACUGGGGAGAGGCCAUUCAACUGCUCAGACUGUGGGAAGGGAUUUCCUCGGUCAUUUCAACUGAAGGUACAUCAGCGAGUUCAUACUGGGGAGAGGCCUUUCAUCUGCUCUGAAUGUGGGAAGGGAUUCACUCAAUCAUCUAACCUUGUGACGCACUACCGAGUUCACACUGGGGAAAAGGUUUAACUAUCACUGUUGCUGAAUCCAGAGGCAAGUUCAAAAGUGACUUUUGGUGUUGAACCUUGCUGCGCAUCAUACCCAGUUCUGCACCUUGGUCACAGGACAUGGGAGGAAUUUCUUCCCUUAAUGGAACAGGAGUUUAAUAUUCUGGAUCUGUGACAAAGAAAUCAGUUCCAUUUUAACAUCUGUCUUAGGUACCUAGUGAAUUUAAACACAUCCAGUAGGACAGUAGGAAGUCUCUGCUUGUAUUUCUGUUCCACAACAAUACAUCAUUGCUGUUUACCUCUCAUUCACCCUGUGGUGAUGGGUACCAAAAAGUCAUCAAUCUGUGGGUGAGGAGGUUUCCCUUGAAUUUCCUUGCUUGACUUUCUACAGACUGAAGAAGGUGAUGAGCUGACUGGAGUUAUAUCUGACAUGUUCUUUGUCCCUCGAAUCCCUGGGUCAACGAAGAUUAACAUUGGUAGUUGAGGGUAGGGCGGGGACAAGGUAACAAAUGAUAGAGAAACAGCAUUUGUAAGGCUGAUUGACAGAGAAAAAAAUUAAGUUGACUUUGACUGUUGAUGUAUACAAUGCCUCAACUCAAAGUGACAUUGAGUAUAUUUCCUGUGGGAACUUGCUGUGUUAAACUGGCUACUGAAUUCUCAAAAAAAAUUGUCCGGAUUGGUGCCAUUUGGCAGGGGGGAGGCAAUUCUUGUAAGCACUUACAAUGGCACUAUUUUUACCCAGAGAUCUUUUGAGCUUCAGAAUGUACUAUCACUGCAAGUCAAGUGCACGGGUGCUGAGAGUGGAAAGUUUGUUGAAAGCUGCACAUCCAUUCAGUGGACAAAAGGCUCCGAGAAUGGGUGCACUGGACCUUCCAGGCACAACUGAGAUCUUGUUACCUAAAUCUAAGGAUUGGGACUACCGACAAAAAGUAUAGUUCCAGUUUAUUUCGCAUGAAGAAUUUAUAAUGUAUCUUUCAGACAAGUCAAUACAUGAUUUCCUAAUAAUUGAAGUGAAGCAUUGAGAUCAGGUCUGAUGUCCAGAACCAGCUGAUGUCUAUACCUAAUGGAAAUAGUUGAGACAGGCCCAAAAGAAAGAACUGGGUCCAAUUUCCAGUGAAUUAAAGUGUCAAUUGGGCUGAACAGGACAAACAAAUUCCUUGCAUAGCUUUUGGUUCUUUAAUGAAUCACCUUUGUUGAGCAUCACCUGGUUCUGGAUCCUCCCACCAAGUGAUUCCAUUGUUUCUUUUCUAUGUGAGUGUAUAAUCCAACCAUCACAUUUGGUGCAUCCAGUCGUAAAUUGAAGAGUGACUGCUGGUGUCAGAUUUGGAGUUAUUAUUGCUGUUCAUCAGACCUGGAACUGAACCCUGGUCUCAGGAGGAGGUUGUUCUGAUGACAUUAGUCUCUAACCAGACUGGAGUUAAAUAUUGUGGAU